ACGUACAAUGAAUGCGAUGUUCUUCAUAGAACAGUAACCUGCACAGUUAAACAAGUCCCGUUAAGCGAAUUCGUCGCGACGAUUCCUGGCGCUUACGAGCGCUUUCACCAGCUGGGUCUUUAUGCACACAGUAUGAUGAUCUUAGCUCAUAGCUUGCCUUGUGUGCCGCAUGGCAGCGGCUCUGUUCAAAUUACUGUUGGCGCGACGCACCCGCAGUGCACCGUGCGCUUCACGGCGCGAGCUCGGGGCCCUGCCGCUGCGCUCGCAGCACGGCCUACGCAGCCGCCCCUGCAACGGCUCGUGGUCCGACCAGCAGCAGCCGUGCAGAAUGAGCUGGCGGCGGCUGGUGACAACUGGGACGUGCCGCCCCUGAGCACGACCGCAAGCGGCCGGCGAGGUGGCCGCCCCGCCCGGCGCCUAAACCCGCUGGGCCACAGCGCCCUGCUGUCAGCCUACAACGCUUCCGCCCUGCGUGAGAUGGGUGGCAGCCUGCUGGGCGGUGGCCUGCAGUUGGAGCGACUGCCGGACAAGACCAGCUGUGUCUUCACGCACAAGGAGUGGCAGGCCACUGCGCUGACGCACCCGAGUGUCCUCAACUGCUUUGGCGUCGGCUGCCUGAGCAGCAGCCACAUGGCUGUGCUUGGGGAGGACCUGAUUCGCCUGGCUGCCAUUGAGCUGUCUUGGAGUGCUCUCCAGCCGCCCUCCGCUGGUGCGGCUGCGGCCAUCGCCGGUGCAGCCUCAGCCUUGGGCGCCGAAGACAUCCCCAGCAGCAGCGCUGGUGGCCCGCCUGGGGCUCCAUCCAAGGCCCCGGAAAGCCUGUUAACUGCUGCGGCUAGCACCGUGAAGAAGAUUACGGAGAAGCUUGCUCACAUGGCACCUGAUACAUGGGGUCCCAGGGCGGGGGCUGACAACGGGGCGGAUGAGAGCUGGGAGUUGCAGUUGCAGUGCACGGCGGCCCUGCUAAACAAGGCAGCAGCUGCGGUGGCGGCGGCGGUGCCACAACUUGCCGAACAAUGGCAGAUUGAUCAGCACAUGUGUGGGUUCGGCUCACCGGCAGGGAAGCAGGAGAAGGUGACGUGCUGCAAGGCGCUGCUGGCUACUGCGUACCUGGACGGCGGCUACGGUGCUGUCCGGGCCAUGCUGGGGCCCUGGGUGGUGGAGGUGCUGCGGGCGGCGCCAGAGCGGGAGCUGCAGCGGACCGCUUUCCGCAUCCGGCAACUGCUGGCGAAGCCCCAGCCCGCCAGCCUGCUGCAAGACGACCCCUGGGCCCUCACCACGGGCAUGAGCGGCAUACCACAUACCGGUAAGGGCACGGAUGCUGCCAGUGCCGAUGACACAGAUGCAGUCGCCUCGGCGCUGGACGUGGCUGUCCGCGGGCAGUACGCACCGCUGGCGGACCUGCACUGGCGUAGGCUGCUGGGCGGGCUGCGGCUGCUGGGCGGCACUGGCGAGGGCUACGAGCCACGGGACGUGGACUACUUCCAGGAACAAUGCGACUUGUGGUAUGCCUACCUCUGCUCCUCUGCCUCCACUUUGCUGCCGUCCACGUCGCCAGCCAGCUGGCUGCAAGCCAAGGGUGCCGAGCGUGCCGCCACCAUGGAGCGCCGGUCGGCGGCAGCCAAGUCGCUCGUAGCUUUGGGUGGAGCGGUGUACGGUGUGAUGGUGUCGGAGCUGGUGCUGGAGAGGUGCUUAACGGUGCAGGCGCCUGAUAUGCGCUGCCCCAGCGACAACAAGCUGCGGCGCAUGGCUGCAGAUGAGGUGCGGCGCGACCGGGCCACUCUCAUGCAGGACGCCACACGUCUGGCACAGAUGGAGGUAGGACUCGGGCUGUGCAGGCCUGAGGCAGAGGGCACGGCAACCGGAGGCGCGGGCGUGUACGGCACCACGCAGCGUGACUCCGUGGGUUCGCUGCUGACUCGUUGCACGGAUGGGGUGGUGGCGGCGGUGGCGCUGGAGGGCGGGUUGCGUCGGGCUCGGCAGGUGGUUCGAGGCCUGGUAGGGGUGGCUGAGAUGGCUGAGGUGGAGGCGCGGCUGCAGCAGCAAACGUGAUGGCAUCACAUCUAUUGCACUUUGCUUCAAGGCAAGAGAGGUGUCCUGGUACACAGAAUGAGCCUGUAUUGUACUGUACUGCCUGGUCAUGUACUUGUGGCCUAGCUGUUUGCAAUGGGACAGAGUAAGGGGCAGGUUGGCGUAGUCCCUUAGUGUGGCGUGUUCACAGACCGACCCCAACAUUCAACUUGCAACGUCAAGGCAAGAUGGCGCGGCUGGUAGGACACCGGAGCUAUUGUACCCAGACAUUGCUGAGUUGCUGGCAGGCUGGCAGUUCGCUGAUGCGCAUUGCGGCCUAGUUGUGUGCUGCAUGGCUGCUUAUGUGUGUGAGUACGGUACCAGAGUUUGUCUUCAGGGUUAUACACGGUGAAGUGUGUGAUACAGUGGGAUCGGGCUUCCCUUGGGUGGUGAGCCCCCACCACCCGUCCAUGGUAACUAUUUUGGGUGUGUGUGUUGAGCAAGUCAAUUGCAUUGGGAUUGUCCUGACCCAUCAACCUGCCUCAUCCAGACCAGCUGUCACCCAGUGGGGGUUGUGACACUACGUGCCGCAUCCCCAAAUCCAAAAAACCCUUUUGCCUAUUGCAUGUAAAUAGGCGGCAGGGGUGUCGAGAGGUGGAGGUUUUCCUUGCUGUCUGGUUGGCCUGCUGCCUGCUGCACUAGUGCUUGAUAGCUGGGCGCGACUGGGCACAUAUGGCGGGCGGUGCCUGCACAAACCGACCCCGGCUAUGUCCGGGAGAUGACUCAGAUGAGGCUAGUAUCGGAACCUUCGGCCUCAGACGGAGGACGUGGCGUGGGCUCAGCCCUUUUCCCUUGACCGGGGAACACUUGUCGCGUUGAAUUCCCCCCA